GGCUACCAUUGGGGAAUGAGGCAAAGUUCCCGUGAGUCUGCUUUUUGCCUGCUAAGGUUUCAGAGGAUUAAUAAUUUAGGUCGUGCCUUGAAACAGAAACCCCCGGUUGGUUGUUCCUGCCGUCUCGGAAGGGCUCGCGUGCGGCCAGGUCUGGUUUUGAUGUAUGUAAUUGAAGAUUUAUAAAGAAAGGCUUCCUCCCUGUCUCUGCUGGAGUCAUUUGCUCUGCCAAUGCCGGUUCCCAGCAGGCACAUCAAUAUUGGCCGUUCUCAGAGCUGGGAUGCCGCUGGCUGGUAUGAGGUCCCUUGGGAGAAUGCUGGGCCUCCCGGGAGGAGAAGUUCUCUGACGUAUGGCCCCGGAGAAGGGACGUGGUGUGAGCUGCUAAACCACUGCGCACAGGACACUGAGCCUUACCUAUCCCGGGAAGCUUUUUAUAACUCACUGCCAUCAAGAAAAGGGUCGGUGCCUAACUUCGCCUUCUACGACAGCAGACAGGCAGUGAUGUCUGGCCGUGGCUCCAUGCUGCCACAAGACUACUAUGGCGACCCAUCCAGGGGCACCAGGGUACCCAAGGAGCCUCCCUUCUAUCGUGACCCAGGAGCCAGCCGGCCGGUGCCCAGCUACGGAGUGCUUGGCAGCAGAGUGCCAUGGGAGCAGGUACAAGGCCAGUUACCUGCUCUGCAGGAUACUGGCCACCUGUACCGGGAACCUGGGGCUAAAACCCUCCCACAUGGGCAGAGGACACAUGGCAGAACUCCAUCUCCUGGGAGGUAUGGAAGGGAACAGCCUGAUACAAGGUUAGGGAUAGAAGUACCCACGUACUCCCCCACCCCCAGUCAAGUCUACAGUGAUAUCUGUGAAAGACCUGUUGAUUCUGCCCCUGCCAGACAGGUGGCCCCAACAUGCCUGGUUGUGGACCCCAGCUCAGCUGCUCCUACCGAGAACAGCACAGGAUUGGCUCCAGGUCCCCUGAAUAGAGGCUAUGGCCCUACCCGGGAAAACAUCCACUCGAAGCUGACGUAUGAGAAUUAUGAAGCUGACUUGUCUACGUUCCAGGGCCCUGGGGGCAAGAGGACCGUGUACCCCGAGUUUCUGGCCCUGCUGCGGGCAGAAGGUGUGGCAGAGGCCACCCUGGCAGCCCUGUUACAGCAAGGCUUUGACUCCCCAGCCGUCCUGGCCACCCUGGAGGAUGCUGACAUCAAGUCUGUCGCACCCAACCUGGGCCAGGCCCGUGUCCUGAGCCGCCUAGCCAGCAGCUGCAGGACAGAGAUGCAGUUUCGGAGACAGGACCGGACAGGCCCUCCACCCCGCACUCGGUCCAGUAGCUUUAGCCACCGAAGUGAACUGCCCAAUGACUUGGCCUCGCUGGGCACCACAGCUUUGCAGUUUCACCCUGCUGGGCCUUUGCAGACACCAUCUCCCCGAACUGGAGAGCUAGCUCGCCGCCCCUCCAGCGCGCCUUCCCAGCACCUGCUGGAGACAGCUGCUGCUUACUCUGCCCCAGUGGUGGGGGCCCAACCCCCCCACUUGCCCUCCAACUCUGGGUAUAGCUCUCCUACCCCUUGUGCCCUAACAGCACGUCUGGCUCCCUCAUAUCCUUCACAAGCUGGGGUAGCCUUGACUAACCCAGGGCCUUCUGUCCCCCUUCACUCAAGUCCCAGAACAGCUUACUCCACCUCGUACACAGUGCCCAUGGAGCUGCUGAAGAGGGAGCGCAGCAUGACCACCUCUCCACUGCCCAGCCCCCAUGGCAGCCCCCAGCUCCUGCGGAAACCUGGAGCCGCCCCCAUGGAGCCGGCUGCCCUGCCGCCAGUCAGCCAAAGCCUCCACACACCUCACUCUCCGUACCAGAAGGUGGCCCGUCGGACGGGGGCCCCCAUCAUCGUGUCAACCAUGCUCACUCCAGAACCAAGUAUCCGCCCCCAGAUCAUGAACGGCCCCCUGCACCCCCGCCCCCUAGUGGCACUGCUGGAUGGCAGAGACUGUACUGUGGAGAUGCCCAUCCUGAAGGACCUGGCCACUGUGGCCUUCUGCGAUGCACAGUCCACUCAGGAAAUCCACGAGAAGGUAUUGAAUGAGGCUGUGGGUGCCAUGAUGUACCACACUAUCACCCUCACCAGGGAAGACCUGGAGAAGUUCAAGGCCCUGAGAGUGAUCGUACGAAUUGGCAGCGGCUACGACAAUGUGGACAUCAAGGCUGCUGGUGAGCUCGGGAUCGCUGUUUGCAACAUCCCGUCAGCCGCAGUAGAAGAGACAGCCGAUUCUACCGUCUGCCACAUCCUCAAUCUCUAUCGGCGGAACACAUGGCUGUACCAAGCCCUACGAGAAGGCACACGGGUACAGAGCGUGGAACAGAUCCGUGAGGUUGCCUCGGGAGCUGCUCGGAUCCGAGGGGAAACACUGGGCCUCAUUGGCUUUGGUCGCACAGGGCAGGCAGUUGCUGUUCGAGCCAAGGCCUUUGGAUUCAGCGUCCUAUUUUAUGACCCCUACUUACAGGAUGGGAUAGAGCGGUCUCUGGGCGUGCAAAGGGUCUACACUCUGCAGGACUUGCUGUAUCAGAGCGACUGUGUCUCCUUGCACUGCAAUCUGAAUGAGCAUAACCACCACCUCAUCAAUGAUUUCACUAUCAAGCAGAUGAGGCAAGGAGCAUUCCUUGUGAACGCAGCCCGAGGUGGUCUGGUGGAUGAGAAAGCCUUAGCUCAGGCCCUCAAAGAGGGAAGGAUACGAGGAGCAGCCCUCGAUGUACACGAGUCGGAGCCCUUUAGCUUUGCUCAGGGCCCAUUGAAAGAUGCACCAAAUCUCAUCUGCACGCCACACACAGCCUGGUACAGUGAACAGGCAUCCCUAGAGAUGAGGGAAGCAGCUGCCACUGAGAUCCGCCGAGCUAUCACAGGUCGCAUUCCAGAAAGCUUGCGAAACUGUGUCAACAAAGAAUUCUUCGUGACUUCAGCUCCUUGGUCAGUCAUCGACCAGCAAGCAAUUCAUCCCGAGCUCAAUGGUGCCACAUACAGGUAUCCACCAGGCAUCGUUGGUGUGGCUCCAGGAGGGCUUCCUGCAGCUAUGGAAGGGAUCAUCCCUGGAGGCAUCCCGGUGACCCACAACCUCCCCACAGUGGCACACCCUUCCCAAGCUCCCUCCCCCAACCAGCCCACAAAACAUGGGGACAAUCGAGAGCACCCCAACGAGCAAUAGCAGAGAAUGGUGGAAGGUAAUCAUUCAGACAAACUUGGGACCAAGAGACAGUAGCAAACAGAUGAACUAAGAAAAGGAAUUUGGUGGUCUUUAAAACUGAUCCUGGACAUCACUGAUGUUGCAGUGUUAAAGCUACAAGAGCUAGAAUACUGAAGACGGUGUCUGCUUCUGGAAGUGUGGAAAGACUAGGACGUGAUUUAUUAACAACCAACUUCUGUUAUUGUGUGUUAAGUUUUUCAUCUGUGCAUCAAAUCACAAAGAAUAAAUAGAGCUUUCCUUUAUCAGUCCCUUGGGCACAGCAGGUCCUGAGCAACUUGCUCUAGAAUGUUGCAUCAAGAGCUCCGAGUAUUAAUUUAAAAAAAAAAAAAAAAGUUGAGAGGAAAUCCCCAUCAAGACUAGUCCCUUUGGUCUCCAGGGGCUGGUGGCCUCCUUUGCCAGUAAGAAGAUAAGCUGGGGAGGACACCGUUUGCCAGUGUAGACAUCUACACGCACAGGAUUGAAGACAAAAGCUCCUGUACAGAAGUGUCUCUCAACUCUGAGCAGGCAAAGUUGGUUGUGAGUUCAGUAAAACCCUCCGAUGAUGCAAAAACAAAAAAAAAAACAAAAAAAAAAAAACAAAACAAAAAAAACAAAAAAAGGAAAAGAACAAAAAGAAAAAAGUAUUAAGUUUCACAAGCUGUUUGUACUCAAAUAUAUUUUCUCAGUUUCAGAUCCUCAGCUAUUUUAUUGAGUGGAAAGUCUUGGACAAGAAGGGUUCAAGAAGAAUAAUGUUGCAUUUCCUUAUGUCUCAGGAAACACUUUUUAUGGUAACUUGUCAGAUUGUCUAUGAACAAACCCACUUUUUUAGACAUUGAUAAAUUCUUUUCUUCACGUGAUAUUUUAUACAAGAACACUUCAGAUGUGCUAUUAGAUGUGACUGAUUUUAACAAAUCCUAUUAGAUUUGUAUCAGCUAGUUACAUGUUCUAUUCAUAGUCUUUUGUGAAUCAUUGCCUUUUUGUUUUUAAAGAUGGCCUAUUUUGAGCCUUUGUAUAGGUACAUUCCUGUUUUUGUGACAAAAGAAAAACUUUAAAGUUGUCCCAAACAGAAAAAUAAUGGCUAUCAGAAAUGUUUUGUUUUAGUGUGAGUUACCGUUACUGUAUUUGUUUAUUGUAAAGGUGGACAUUUAGCGUUCAGUGCAGUUUUCAAUAAAAGUAAUUAAAAUUUC